AAAUGGCGGACGCUGAAAAUCAGAAGAGGUCAAGGAACUUCAAGAAGAAGUUCAAAGGGAAGGGUGAUGAUGCUAAACGGAAAUUUAAGCCAAAAAAGUUUUCCAAGGAUUUUAGGGGAGAGAAUUCUCCUGGACAAAAACGGAAAGCAAACGACACAAAUGCAGAUGGUUACAGAAAGAAGUGGAAGGGUGAAAUAGGAAGUCAAGAUGGUAAAAAAGGAUAUAGACGAUAUGACAACAAUGAUAAACGUUUUUCAGUUAAUGGCAAAGGAUCACGGAACAGUUAUGUGAAAGGAAACUUUGUUGGUGAUAAAGCCAUGAAACGAAAGUUUAGUGAUGGUAAGGGAUCUGACUUCGGGAAAAAGAAAAAUUUUUCCAGUUCUUGGGAAAAUAAGAAUGAAUCUGAUGAGAAGCCCAAUAUCUGGCAAAUGAAGAAAAAAGAAAGAAAAGACUUUCGCCGCCAACAAGAUGAAAACUAUGAUCUGGUUCAUGGUCUUAAAAAACUCUAUGAGACUAUUAGAAGAAAAAAGUGCUCUAAGGCAGAGAAGGCAGAAUUGGUUGAGAAGAUACUGAGUCUAAUUGCUGGUCAUACUCAUGAUGUAAUUUUCAAACAUGACACAGGGCGUGUGAUUCAGGCUUGUGUUAAGUUUGGUACUGUAGAGCAAAGACAGAAGUUGUUUGAGCAAUUUAAAGGUGAUUUUGGAGAACUUAUCAAGUCAAAAUAUUCCAAGUUCUUCAUCAAAAAAUUGUUAAUUUAUGGAACAAAGAAACAGCGGGAUGUUAUUAUCAAGUGCUUUUAUGGGCAAGUUCGCAAACUUAUCAGACACAAGGAGGCAUCAUCUAUUCUAGAAACUAUAUACAGUGAUUAUGCAAACUCUGCCCAAAAAGCCCAUCUUAUACAGGAAUUCUAUGGAGCUGACUUUGCUUUUUUCAAGUCAUCAGAGCUAAAUUCUUUGGAAAAAGUUUUGCAAUCAGAUCCAGCAAGGAAAACUGGAAUCCUCAAGUACAUGAAAGAUGCCUUGCUGCCUCUAAUAGACAGAUCUGUCAUUGGUCAUAGUAUAAUUCACAGAGUCCUUCUUGAAUACCUCACAUAUGCUGAUGAAAAUGCAAGAUCAGAAAUGAUAGAGCUAAUCAAAGAUUCUGUUGUUCUCAUUCUUCAUACUCAUGAUGGAGCCAGAGUUGGUAUGCAUUGUUUGUGGUAUGGGACUGUAAAGGAUCGUAAAGUACUUGUCAAGUCCUUCAAAAGUUAUUAUGUAAAGAUCUGCAAAGAAGAAUUUGGACAUCUUGUACUGUUAGCAUUAUUUGACUGUGUUGAUGACACAGUGCUUGUCAAGAAGAUUAUGUUCUCGGAAAUUCAACCAUCUCUUCAGGAGUUAGCUGUGGACACUUAUGGUAGGAAAGUGUUAAUGUAUCUGCUGUGUCCACGGAGCCCCAGCCAUUUCCAUCCCACCACUGUGGAGUUGCUUAAGAAAGGGGAUGGAAACUCCACCAGCAAAAAAGAUUCACAUCAGAGGCAAAAUGAACUCUUGGAAGGAAUUUCACCAGCACUGUUAGAGCUGAUAGAGAAAAUUGCAGAAGAGUUGUUAUUUGAUAAAGGAGGUUGCCAACUUGUUCUGGCUGCUCUUCUUCAAUGUGCUGGAGAUGUGGAGCGUGCUAUGAUGGCCAUUGUGAACUUAGCUAACAGAGAUCUUGAUCCUUCAACUGAAGACGAAGAUCAUGUUGUGAAGAGUGCUGCUGGUCAUUUCGCGUUGAAGAGGCUUAUUAACCAGGACAAGGGAAGACUACAGUCUGAAAACAAAGAUGAAGUGUUGUUCAGUAAACUGCUGCUUGAUAACACUGAUCCCCGGAUGUUGCUCGACUGGUGUAAGGUGAAUAGAGGGGCUUUUGUGGUCGCAAGUUUACUUGAGAGUUCCGUCCCUGGAGUUUCAGAUACAGUCAAGUCACAUCUACAACCUCGGGUUUCAAAACUGAAGAAACACGAUUCCAAAGGCGUACAAAUCGUGUUAAAACUUCUUGCUAAUUGACAUCGAAGACGGAUUUGAUCGUGUCUCAUCCCCACCCUUCCCUCCCCGUCCGCUCUUACUCUAUCUCAGGGGGAAAACUGAGUGGGAUGUACAAAAGUGCAUGUAGAUACGAUUCAGCUAAUACAACUGAUUUCUCAAAGUGUAGUUCUCAAUGUCGUAAGGUUACGACGAGUUUUAAAAGUUCAUGCUCAAAGGUAACCAUCAAACUUUAUCCCAGUUGUUAGAUGAACUUCUCUGAAGGUCACAUGAUCCUGUUUAAAUAAAAUUUUAUAACACUGCGUGACACUGCGGUUCGAAAAUUUACAAUGUUCCCGAGGUCUCAGGAAUAACGCAGUAAAGCUGCCUCUAAUGCAAUGAACAAUUAUUGUGUAAUUUGCCCCAGACGUCGAUCAUUUUCGUUUUACUGGGCAAUCAGCCAUCCGUCGUUUGUUCUUCGUUCCUACGUUCAGUUAUCGAUCGUGUUUUUGUCGAUCAAUCGUCGAUCGUGAGUUUUUUUUACCGUGCUUCAGUAGUCGUUUUCUUUCAUUUUUCGCUGAUGUUCGUUCACUUGUGCGCUUGACACUCUAUUCUGAGAGACAGUUCUUUUUAUUAUAAGCCUGGAAGCAUUAAUAUCAAAUUUAUUCAAAUAGGUCGACGGAAUUUACAACUUACUGAAUCAGUAACGAUCACAUAAAGGCUACUGUUGUUCCUGAAAACGAUAACACUAUAAGACACAUCCUAGUAAGCCCCCAACUUCCUUCCUCUUUUGGUGCUCUUAGCAAUUAGUUUCCUUACCCUUGCAGACAGGGUUCUAUUUUGGAGGGGGGCUUGCGUGAAACUUACUGAGGGCCCUCGCAGGGUAGUUGUUAUUCUUUUGAAUUGUCAGCCAGAUUCAAUGAUUAUUGUGCAAAGAAACAACGUGCCUUUGGUGAAAUACCGACGUUACUUACAAAGAAAGCCAAUACAGACUUAAGACUACAGUUAUAUGUUGUACUAUAAAGCCACCUUGCUCAAACAGAUGGCCAUCAAUGUGACAUUUUAGAGUUUGUGAUAAGGGGGG